CGAAGAAUCGGCCGCUGGGCAAGCAUCACCCAAACGAAAAUUUACAAGUUCACCAUCCCGAAUGCGGUUAUCAUUUCACCACAAAUACUUUAGAUAUAUCGAUUAGGAAACAUUGUUGAAAAAUUGCUUCCCCGUAAUGGGGUGCCAAUUAAUAUUUUGGUUUCUGGCGUUAUGGACAACCUCAGCUGCAUCACCGCGUUAUCCCGACGAGAGUCCUUUUGCCCGGAGUGCGGUUGAAACAGUUCCAGACCAUGGUCCCAUUGCACCUCCUAUACGAGCUUCGGUGGAGAGUAUACCACUAAGAUCUGGUUAUGAAGAAGGAGGCGGGAGGUUGCCCUUGAGGGAUGCCGUGGAAAUGAGACCGAUCCCCGUUUUAGAUCGCGAAUCUAUUUCUAAACUUUUGAAGGAUGCAGAAACGACGUCCACGGAUGAUGAAAGCAUUGAAGAAUUUAAAAAAUACUACGGUGCAGCGAGUCACUAUAACAAUGACUCGAGGACGGAUGAGAAACUGCAACAGGGAAAUGCGAAUCUCCAAACCCUGGUGAAUGACCCGUACGCGCGACGGCUGGUGGUAUGCUACGUCGAGUCUUGGGCGGCGUACCGCGCACCACCAUUGGCGUUUACCGCCGGCCUGGUACCGAAGUCUUGCACACAUUUGCACUACGCUUUCGCCGUACUUGAUCCCCACAAUUUCGCAGUCAUACCAGCUAAUGAAGACUAUGAUGUAGUCAAAGGUGGAUAUCGCAUCGCUACGGGGCUCAAACGACGUAUCCAAGGCCUUCGGGUGAUCCUGAGUGUAGGCGGUGCAGGCACUGAGCGUUUGUUUAGUGAAAUGGUGCAAGAGCCAUACAGACGGAACUCGUUUAUCGAUAGCGCCGUCCAAUUUCUGCAAGAUCACGACUUCGAUGGACUUGACCUUCAUUGGGUAUACGCAGGUGACAGAGAUGAAAGAGAAAAAGAACUUUUAACUACCUUACUUUACGAACUCCGUGAAAAAUUUUCAUCCUACGGAUUUCUACUAUCUACCGUAUUGCCACCUUUCAGGUACCAAAUAGAAGAUGGCUACGAUCUGAGUGCCGUCAGUGGAGCAACAGACUACACGAUCCUUCAAGCUUGGGACAUGAAUCAAGUGAAACGCGAAGAUUCUCCUUCCAAAGCACUUCAGCACAGUGCUUUGCAUCGGGACCCGGGAGCGCCUGCGCGCGAUCAGCGAUUUGAUAACGUUGAGUUCAUGGUGAAGUACGUUCUACGUAAUGGAAUGGCUGCUGACAAGCUGGUUCUGGGUAUUCCUUUAUUCGGACGAAGUUAUACGUUAUCGGCUUCAACUUUACCUUCCCCUGGUGCUGCCGUCGACGGCUGGGGAGAUGAGGGACAGUAUACACAAACGAAAGGAAUGUUAGCCUACUUUGAGAUAUGUAUGAUUGAACGUGAAGGGAAGGGAGCCAGUUCAAUUGAUGCACACGGUAAUGCUUAUGCCGUCUUUGACAACCAGUGGAUAAGUUAUGACACUCCGGCCACUGUAUUGGAAAAGAUGAAAUUUAUUAAAAGCAACAGUUUAGCGGGUGCGGCAGCAUGGGCUAUCGAUAUGGAUGACUUCCGAGGCUUAUGUGGAUCGCCUUUCCCUAUUUUAAGUGCGAUAUCCACGAGUCUAAAUGGUGAAGCAACUCUCACUGAUCAGUCAUCACUAAAGAUUGGAUCUUGUGAAUCAAAUACACCAUACUUAGCUUCUGAUGAAGAAUCGUGCGCUCACUUCCACUUCUGUACGGGAGGCAUUAGUUUUAGAAUGAUUUGUGAAGAUGAAAGACUUUACGAUCCUUCUACAGGAUUUUGUGGGCACCAAGAUGUUGGGAAAUGUAUUCCAGGACAAAGUCUUAGAAUAACUGUCGAGGAUGCUGCUCGUUUCUUAGCUCAAGCUUACGAAUCGGACUUCGAAUGGAGCAGCAUAGUACACAAAGAUUCUGAAUAUAAAGAGACUGAUAGAUUAAUUACUGCCUAUCAAGCUGAAAAUAAAAUAAAUAAAAGCAAUGAUAAACGUGUGCUGUGCUAUAUGACCAGUUGGGCGUUCUAUAGAAGAGGCGAUGGCAAGUUUGUUCCGGAACAGAUUGACACUAGACUUUGCACUCAUGUUGUAUAUUCAUAUGCCUCUCUGGGUUAUAACGAUCUAAUUGCCAAAGAAUUUGACCCUUGGGCUGAUAUUACCAACAAUCUUUACGAGCGGGUAACGUCCCUUAGUGAUGUCAAAGUAUUACUUGGUCUUGGAGGAUGGACUGACUCAGCAGGCGAUAAAUACUCACGUUUGGUUUCAUCUCCCGCUUCACGUGCGAAGUUUAUAGACAAAAUAGUUGGCUUCCUGAGCAUGCACAAUUUCAAAGGUCUGCAAUUGGAUUGGCACUACCCUGUGUGUUGGCAGAGCAAUUGCAAAAAGGGUGCAAAAUCUGAUAAACCGAACUUUGCUAAAUUCAUACAAGAAUUAUCAAAGAAAUUACAUUCUGUAAAUAUGGAAUUAGGAGUCGCACUUUCGGGGUAUAAGGAAGUCAUCGAAUCAGCCUACGAUUUACCAGCUAUAUCCAGUGCAGCUGAUUUCAUGACUGCUAUGACAUACGACUACCAUGGCGGGUGGGAAAAUACUACUGCUCAUCAUACGCCAAUUACGCCUCUUAAGCGGGAUGCAUUGGCUUAUUACUCUGUCGAACAUGCGGUUAAGGCUUUAAUAGGAGGAGGUGCUGAUCCUAAGAAGUUGCUACUUGGAUUAGCGUUCUAUGGUCAGUCGUACCGACUAGCCGAUAUGGAAGGACCCAGCGGUCCCGGGUCUCCGGCCGCAGGUCCCGGUGAAUCCGGCGAGUUCACCAAGCAACCAGGAAUGUUAGCUUACUACGAAAUUUGUUACAGAGUUAAAAACCUAAGGUGGAAGACAGGCCGUCAAGCCCAAGCUGGACCUUACGCGUAUUCAGAUAAUCAGUGGGUUGGAUAUGAUGACCCAAAAUCUAUAACAGAAAAGGUUGAAUGGGCACUACGGCAAGGGUUAGGUGGUGUGGCAGGGUGGGCGAUCGACCUGGACGACUUCAACAAUCGGUGCUGCAAUGAGCCCUGGCCUCUGUUGCGGGCAGCGGGUCGAGCGCUCGGCCGCUCCGUACCUCCACCGCCAACCUCCCCAUGCGAGCGACCACCCGAGCCGAUAACACCAGCUCCUCCCACAACCACUCCUGCUGAAUCUGACGGAUCAAUAGUCGGAGCAGUAGAUCACGUACAUCAUGAACAGCAUACAUCAACGACUUGGCCGGGCUGGAAUCCUGGAACUACAACUCAAAGCACGUCCCAGACUUGGUGGUCCCAACCCACAACUACUCCAAUGACUACGACUUCCAAACGACCUACCACGACAACUCGAAGAACUACUACAAGUACAACCACAACAGAGCUACCACAAAUAGAUGACGAAGGAGAUGCUUGCGAAGCCGGCGAGUAUGCAUCAGCACCAGGCGACUGCGAGAGCUACCUUCAGUGCGAGGUCGGUCAUUGGAGGAAGCAUCGUUGUGCUCCCGGUCUGCAUUGGUCGGCUAAGGCCAACCGGUGCGACUGGCCCAGCUUUGCUAAAUGCACGGUAUCUUCGAGUAGUGCAUCAAGUACAACGACCACUACAUUGGCACCUAUGACGUCACGACCACCACCUAGACCCACUACUACUAGGCCAACAACAACUACAUCUACAACUACAACUACUUCUAGACCAACUACCACGGCUUCUAACCAAGGUGAUAUUUCUGAGGGUCAAUCAUGCAAUGGUCAAGACUACCACGAAGUGGCGGGCGACUGCAACUCCUAUCUACACUGUGAUGGAUCAUUGUGGCGUUUACAACGUUGUGCUCCUGGCUUGCACUGGAGCGCUGCGGAGAAGCACUGCGAUUGGCCUCGAUAUGCGAAGUGUGAAAGUACAGUACCGAAACCUACAACUACUGCUGCCACCAAACCACCCCGACCACCGGCAAGACCUACGAAGCCUCCCACUACAACAACAGUGGCAAGUGAUGGACCAGCGGAAGGUGACGCGUGCGGCGGUAACGACGUCCAUGCUCCGGCUUCAACUUGCGACUCUUACUUGCUCUGUGUAAGUGGACAUUGGAGCAAGCAAUUAUGUCCACCAGGACUACACUGGGACAAGCGGUCUAAUCGCUGCGACUGGGUCCAAUUCGCCAUGUGUGAAGUGAGACGUCCACAACAAACUACGAAAAGGCCAUUCCAGAAUCUGUUUUCGUCAACAAAGAGACCAACAACAGCUCGGACUACAACGAAGAGACCUACCACCUACUCAACAGCAAGGACCACAACUAGGAAACCUUUCACCUACUCAACAGCUCGGACGACUACAAGGAGACCUUUCACCUAUUCCACAGCUCGCACGACAACCAAGAGUCCCACCACGCAAUCCAGUCAAUAUCACCCACCAACGCGCUGCUCCACCGGCACAUACCAUGCACAUCCUCGCUGCGAGAAAUUCUACGUCUGCGUCAACGGCGCGCUCAUCGCUCAGAGCUGCGCGCCGGGCCUCGUGUGGAACCAGCAACAUUCGCAGUGUGACUUCCCCAGGGCCAGCUCCUGUACCGACAGGAGACAAGUCACCUCUCCCACUUCAGACAUUAAACCAAGUGCUAUUCUCAAUGAUGAGCAACCAACAUUCUGUGAGAGCGGACAGUAUGCCAACGAUCCAAAUGACUGUACUAGCUACCUGCACUGUCUAUUCGGGAAAUUUGAAGAGUUUGCAUGCAGUGCUGGUUUACAUUGGAACCAGGAAAAACAAAUUUGCGACUGGCCCGCCAACGCUCAAUGCAAAGUCCAAAAAGUUACUACUACAACUACGACAUUGCCACCAGCAGAAAUGGAACCAGAAGACACCGAGGCUCUUCCCGCACCGUCUAAGCCAAUCACAGAUUUAGUGGAACCUGGUACUAAGCCAGAACUUCUAAACACGCCAUACAAGCUAGUAUGUUACUACACAAAUUGGUCCUGGUAUCGACCUGGUCUGGGUAAAUUCACUCCAGAGGAUAUGGAUCCCUCACUGUGUACUCACAUUGUUUAUGGCUUCGCAGUAUUGGGUAAAGAUGGUCUUAUACAAGCACACGAUCCUUGGGCAGAUAUUGAAAACCAUUUCUACGACAAGGUUGUAGAGUACAAAAAGUAUGGCACAAAAGUGUCUCUCGCCAUAGGUGGAUGGAAAGACUCAGUUGGAGACAAAUACUCUAUUUUAGUCAAUGAUCCUCAAGCGCGUGCUAAAUUUGUUGCGCACACUCUUCAGUUCAUAGAGAAUUAUAAUUUCGAUGGACUAGAUUUAGAUUGGGAAUAUCCUAAAUGUUGGCAGGUAGAUUGUUCUGCGGGUCCCGACUCAGACAAAGAAGGCUUUGCAAACCUAGUACGAGAACUUUCAGCCGCAUUUAAGCCUAAAGGAUUAUUGUUAUCUUCUGCUGUAUCGCCCAGUAAAAUGGUUAUCGACGCUGGUUAUGAUGUUCCAGUGCUAGCGAAGUAUUUAGAUUGGAUUGCUGUCAUGACUUAUGAUUAUCACGGCCAAUGGGACAAGAAGACUGGUCACGUUGCUCCACUUUAUUAUCACCCUGAAGAUGAUUAUACAUACUUUAAUGCUAAUUACACUAUGCACUACUGGAUGGAGAAGGGCGCUCCUGCGUCGAAGUUAGUUAUGGGCAUACCACUUUAUGGACAGUCUUUCACUACUCGUAUUCCAUGGAACAAUCGUAUUUCGAGUGGUUUGAAUAUGCCAGCUAUAGCAGGAGGUGACGCUGGUGAAUACACACGAGCCAAUGGUUUCUUGUCCUAUUACGAGAUUUGUGAACGAAUCAAUGAUCGCAAAUGGACAGUCAUUAAAGACCCGAAUCAACGCAUGGGUCCUUUUGCUUACAAAGGAAAUCAAUGGGUUUCAUUUGACGAUGUGGACAUAAUUAAAAAGAAAGCGAAUUUCAUCAAAUCCCUGGGUCUUGCUGGAGGCAUGGUUUGGGCUAUAGAUCUUGACGAUUUCAAAAACAGGUGCAAUCAAGGAAAAUAUCCGCUCCUUAACACUAUAAAAAAUACUUUAUUAGAUGCAAAUAUAGAUUCAGAACUUGAAUCUCCGAAACCUUUGCCUGAACCACAGAAUAAUAUAGACGAAGAUCUUGAAGACAUUGAAGUGAAGCCUGCACACUACGAACCGGCUCAAACAGCCACAGCUGCUCGUCCCACUACUACUAAGAAGCCAACUACCACAGCUAUUGUGAACGAUGAAAAGGAAGAUGAAGAAUAUAAAGUUGUUUGCUACUACACGAACUGGGCUUGGUACAGAUCAAGCGCCGGCAAAUACACUCCGAGUGACAUUGACCCCUCUCUCUGUACCCACAUCGUAUACGCUUUUGCUGCACUGGAUAGUUCUAGGUUGGUCAUCAAACCACACGACAACUGGCUUGAUGUCGAAAAUAAAUUUUACGAAAAAGUGGUAGCCCUGAAGAGCAAUGGGGUUAAAGUACUCCUCGGCUUGGGAGGCUGGAAUGAUUCCGCAGGCGGUAAAUAUUCCCGACUUGUCAACAAUCCCGGCGCGAGAAGAAAGUUCAUUGUGCAUGUGACUGACUUCCUCCGACAGUAUGGCUUCGAUGGAUUAAACCUCGAUUGGCAAUUCCCUAAAUGCUGGCAAGCUGAAUGUGAAAAAGGGCCAAGCUCGGACAAGCAAGGCUUUGCUGCACUGGUCAAAGAACUACGAAGCGCAUUUGUUCCUCGCGGCCUUCUUCUGUCUGCUGCCGUGUCGGGAAGCAAACGUAUCAUAGACUUAGCGUAUGAAAUUCCAGUCCUCGCUAGGAAUCUAGAUUGGAUAUCUUUGAUGACGUAUGAUUACCACGGACAAUGGGAAAAGAAGACAGGCCAUUUAGCACCUAUGUAUGCCGCUGAUACAGACGACGACAAAACACUUAACGCGAACUUCACCGUUAAUUACUGGCUGAGUAAAGGUACUCCACGUCACAAGUUAAUAUUGGGUGUGCCAUUCUACGGACAGUCCUUCUCUUUGGAAGAAAAUUCAGGCAACGGUUUAGGAGCACCAAGUUACGCCGGCGGCGAAGCUGGAGAAGAGACGAGAGCUCGUGGAUUCUUGUCAUUUUAUGAGAUUUGUGAACGCAUUAAAGUUCAAGGAUGGCGAGUAGUUCGCGACCCAGGGGGUCGAAUGGGACCAUACGCAACUCUGAACGAUCAAUGGGUCUCGUUUGACGAUGACUUCAUUGUACGUCACAAGGCUGAAUACGUUCGUGCGAUGGAACUUGGCGGUGUCAUGGCAUGGACUCUCGAUUUGGAUGAUUUCAAUGGCCAGAAUUGUGGCUGCGGAAAAUCUCCGUUACUAGCCACUAUUAACCAUGUAUUAAGAGGACAGGAGGCACCACCGCUAUGUUCUUUGGAAGAAAUUCAAAGUCCGCCGGACACAGUUGCGAUCACAACUACUGAGACUGAUGAAGAUAUACCAGCUCUUUUUGACGUCGACAGUAAUAACGACAAUAUCCCUGUUGAUGGAUCUUCAUUAGACGGGAGAUCGUGCUCUGGGGUUACGUUUAAAGAGGAUGAAUCUGAUUGUGCCAAGUAUUACUUGUGUAUUAAUGGACAGUACAUUGAGCUGACAUGCCCGUCCCCGCUUGUUUGGAGCCAGAAUCACUGCGAUUUUCCAAGUAAAUCUAGAUGCAAGGGCAAGGCGAGUCUAAGAAUAACGGACGAGAAAAACGAAAUUGAAACAGAACACAAGCCUAUUAUUGCGUGCUACUUUACUAAUUGGGCGUAUUACAGGAAAGACAAUGGCAGUUUUGGACCAGAGCAAAUGGACUCGUCUCAUUGCUCACACAUUAUUUACGCAUGGGCACAUCUGGACAGCGCUAGUAGUACAGUAGUUCCUGGUAAUCCAGAGCUGGACAUUAGCAAUGAUUUCUAUGGAAGAAUAACAGAUUACAAAUUGAAGGGCGCCAAAGUUAUUAUAGGAAUAGGUGGAAUUGAAAACUCAUUAGAUUCUAAAUGGAGCCAAGUUGUAGCUGAUCCUGAAAGGAGAAAAACGUUUGUGAAAUCUGUCAUGAAAUUUUUACAAAAGUGGAAAUUUGACGGAGUACAGAUAGCAUGGCAAUAUCCCGUAUGCAAAGAGGCACCAUGCACAUACAAGGAUUCAUCCGACAAAGAUAAUUUCAGUAUAUUAAUAACUGAACUGGCGAGGGUAUUACGUCGUCAUAAUUACGAGUUAUCAGCGGUAGUAGCUCCAAAUCCAGAAGUUGCAGCAUUGGCCUACGACCCGCCAAUACUUACUGCGACGCUGGACUGGAUGAUCAUAGCAGCUAACGAUUAUUAUGAAUCUUCUGAUUCAAGAAAAACUGCCUAUCUUCUGCCGCUAACAAACAAUGGACCAUACAAAACGGAUAAUUUGCAAGCGAUCAUCGGUUUUUGGUCGAGCGUAGUACCAGCUCGUCAGCUCGUGAUGGGUCUGCCUGCGUACGGCCGCUCUUACACUCUGAGAAGUAAUCUCAAUACUGGUGUUGGAGCACCUAUAGUUGGUCCAGGCAAAGCAGGCGCGUUUACACGAAUCCCUGGAUUUUUAGCUUAUUAUGAGAUUUGCAGAGAGGCGAAAUCAGAUGAUUGGAAUGUGGUACCAAGUAUGGAGGGUACUUAUGCAGUGCAUGGAUCUCAAUGGGUGUCGUAUUUGCGGCCUUACGACAUCUUCAGUGUAUCAGCGGUGAUGUCCCGCUCGGGUAUGCGAGGAGUCGGCUUGUGGGCCCUCGACUUAGACGACUGGCGCGGAAGAUGCUCCUGCCGACCUUGGCCCCUCCUUGAUGCCCUCAGAAGAGGAUUUCUCGAACCAAAUAUAAAUAUUCAGGACUUUGACUGUGCAAUAUAGUUAUCUACUGUCUAUCUAAUAAAUACACAUUUUCCUACGUCACUACUUACGUAACGUACGAACUAGGUAACGUAAAAUCCCAAGACAGUUUUCAAUAAUAUUUGUCCAAGUCUGCCUUUCCGGACUCAUAGAAAGCCAGGUUUCAAUUCGAGGCGAUCACACACAUUGUAAAUUAUAAUUUAGAUGUAAAACGUUUUAUUAUUAUUAAUUAAAACAGCUAUACUUGUAAUAGAGACGAAUAGAUAAACAAAAGAAAAAACCUGAUUUUGUGAUCUUACUACCUGUUUGCUACCUCGAGCUUUGCUCAUAUUAUAAAUACAAGUAGGGAGGUAGAAAAUAUUAGGAAUAGUAAUUUUAGCGUAAGUAGAUAGUAGAUUAGUUUAUUUUGAUACUCAAUUUGGGGAUCUGUAAGUAUUACCAGGCUGUUACCGAGAGAUUAAAGUGUAGAAUGAGUUACAGGGUCUUUCCAAUGUAAUACUACUAGCAAAAAAUAUUCUGCGGUUACCCCAUGUACGAGUAUGAUCUGAUGUGGAAAACAUUCCUUAUUUAGUUUUAAGAUAGAUAGGUCCUCAAAUAUUAUUUUAAUUUUCUGAUAAUUACUAAGAGGUAAUUUAAGGACCUACGUACCUACCUACUGGUUUACUCAAUUGUAUAUUUUUAUUUUUAUUAGUAAGUAGGUACAUAAGUAAACUAUCCCUUGUACACAGUGAUAAUAUUUUUUAUACUUAAUUAAUUUUACUUUGCUCCCUACUAAGGAUAAUAAAACUUUGUGUGAAAUUUAAAUAAAUCUUU